AUGGCUGCUUCUUCUGGUAUCGGCAUUACUUCUUCUAUAUUCAAUGCGCCAUCUAUGGAGCUCGCUUCCAGAAGGGGAACAACAAGUCCCACUAUCACAUCCUCUUGCCUAUUCCCCCUUACAAUUCCGGAUAAGCCUCAUCAACUCCUAAGUUCUUCCGUAGCCAGCAGCCGUGGCAGUGGAUUAGGGAGACUUACGCUCCUUAUGGUAGAGGGAAGUUCCCGCAGGCAGAAUACGGUUCUUUCCGCCAUUGCUUCUUCCAAUAAUUCCCUCCUCAGUGAGCAGGCUUUCAAGGGUCUUGGUGGAAUCUCGGGUUUCGAUGGUGUCGACAGUGAUGACGACGAAUUGGCAGAUGGCGCGGUUCUUGCUGCUGCUGCUGAUACCGACGAACUUGCCCUUACCAAGCUGGGUUUGCCUGCGCGUCUUGUUGAAGCCUUGGAGAAGCGUGGAAUUACUCACCUUUUCCCCGUUCAAAGAGCUGUUCUGGUUCCGGCUCUGGAAGGUCGAGAUAUCAUUGCUCGUGCCAAGACUGGCACUGGGAAGACGUUGGCAUUCGGCAUUCCGAUAAUUAAGCUCCUCACUGAAGACACUGAACUAAGAGGGCAACGACUGCGAACUGGCCGGCUUCCGCGACUUUUGGUCUUAGCACCUACCCGGGAGUUAGCAAAGCAAGUAGAGAAAGAAAUUAAAGAGUCUGCACCUUAUCUUAGCACCGUGUGUGUUUACGGAGGUGUUUCAUACGUGACACAACAAAGUGCUCUUACCCGUGGAGUUGAUGUUGUGGUUGGGACUCCAGGUCGAAUCAUUGAUCUCAUUAAAGGAAACAGUCUGAAACUGGGGGAGGUUCAGUACUUAGUCCUUGAUGAAGCUGAUCAAAUGCUUUCAUUUGGCUUUGAGGAGGAUGUGGAAUUGAUUUUAGAAAACCUUCCAGCAAAACGGCAGAGCAUGCUUUUCUCCGCAACUAUGCCAAUUUGGGUCAAGAAAUUGGCCAGGAAAUAUCUGGACGAUCCUUUGCAGAUCGAUCUGGUUGGUGAACAGGAAGAAAAGCUUGCUGAAGGAAUCAAGCUUUAUGCUAUAACUACUACGUCCACUUCAAAACGUAGCAUGCUCUGUGAUCUUGUAACUGUUUAUGCGAAGGGAGGAAAAACAAUUGUCUUCACUCAAACUAAGAGAGAUGCUGAUGAAGUCUCCAUUUCAUUGUCGAAUAGCAUAGCUUCUGAGGCUCUGCAUGGAGAUAUAUCUCAGCAUCAGAGGGAGAGAACGUUGAAUGGUUUCCGUCAAGGGAAGUUCACUGUGCUUGUCGCAACAGAUGUCGCAUCUCGUGGGCUUGACAUUCCGAAUGUCGAUCUGGUUAUUCACUAUGAGCUUCCGAAUGAUCCAGAGACCUUUGUGCAUCGUUCUGGUCGUACUGGGCGUGCAGGGAAACUGGGAACUACAAUUUUGUUGUUCUCCAGCAGUCAAAGGAGAACCGUUAGAUCUCUCGAGCGUGAUGUUGGAUGCAGGUUUGAGUUUGUUGGCCCACCAGCCAUUCAAGACGUUCUAGAAUCAUCAGCUGACCAGGUGGUCGCUACUCUUCGUGGAGUUCAUCCCGAGUCUGCAGAGUGUUUUAUGCAAACUGCCGAAAAAUUGUUAGAAGAACAAGGAACAAAAGCCCUUGCUUCGGCUUUGGCACAAUUGAGUGGUUUCACGCAGCCUCCGUCAUCUCGAUCUCUUAUUAACCAUGAGAAGGGUUGUGUGACAUUGCAAUUGACUAGGGAUCCAAAUUAUGCUAGAGGCUUCCUUUCACCUAGGUCGGUGACUGGUUUUCUCUCUGAUGUAUAUCCUACAGCAGCAGAUGAAGUUGGGAAAAUAUUUGUAAUUGCAGAUGAAAAGGUUCAAGGAGCAGUGUUUGACCUGCCGGAGGAGAUUGCAAAAGAGUUGCUGAAGAUGCAAUUGCCUCCUGGAAACGUCAUUUCGAAGAUCUCCAGGUUGCCUGCAUUGCAAGACGAUGGACCUGUUGGAGAUCAUUAUGGCCGGUUUUCUAGCAGGGAUCGAUCUACUAGAGGGGGUUCAAGAGGCCAGGGGAGCUUCAGACCCCCGCGGCGUGGAGCUGGUCGAGAUUCUGAUGAUGAUUUCGGUAGGCGUGGCGGUAGAAGCCAAUCGAGGAGCAGUGGCGACAGUUGGCUGAUAGGUGGAAGGAGGUCGAGCUCAGAAUCAUCAAAUAGAGACAGAUCGUUCGGAGGUUCAUGUUUCACCUGUGGGAGAUCUGGACAUAGAGCUUCAGAAUGUCCUAGCAGGGGAGGUUAUUAG